UUGGCCAAUCACAAUCAACUACAUGAAGGGUCAAGAAAAGUUUACACAAGAUGGCGACCACCGUGAAUCCAGACUUGCGGAAGGAGAGAGAAAAUGCAAGUUUUGUCCCAGAGAAGAUCACAAACUUCCUGUACGGUGGUCCGGAGAGAGUUCAGAAGAAGAGGGAACUAGCGUCCCUUGCCCUGAAUGACCCCGACUACCACCAUGAAGACUUGAACUUCAUGUCACGAGAACAGCAGUAUGAGACCUGCCUGAAAAAGAGUUUGCUGAUGACGACAAAAAUAAAGCAACUGAAGAUUGAUGCAGUAGAUGAACAUUUCUACAGAAGUGCUGUUACAGGGCCAAGUCCAGAUCCCCUUGGUCUACAUGUAGGGAUGUUCCUGCCCACUCUGUAUGGACAGGCCACACAAGAACAGAAGGAAAAGUGGCUGAACUUAGCGGAGAACUAUGUCAUCAUUGGCACCUAUGCACAGACAGAGAUGGGACAUGGAACGUUUCUUCGAGGUCUGGAAACGACGGCGACCUUUGACCCUAAGACCCAGGAGUUCAUCCUCAACACUCCAACUCUUACAGCAUCCAAAUGGUGGCCUGGUGGAUUGGGUAAGACGUCCAACUACUGUGUCCUGAUGGCUCAGCUGUACAUCCAAGGCAAGUCUUACGGCCCCCAUCCCUUCAUGGUGCAGAUCCGCAGUCUCCAGGACCACAAGCCUCUGCCUGGAGUGACUGUUGGUGAUAUAGGACCAAAGUUUGGUUAUGACGUUAUAGACAACGGGUUCCUGGCACUGAGGAAUGUCAGGAUCCCCAGGGAAAACAUGCUUAUGAAGCACUCAAAGGUAGCACCAGAUGGUACAUACGUGAAGCCACCCAGUUCCAAGUUGGCUUAUGGCACGAUGGUUUUUGUCCGAGCAACGAUUGUCAACGACUCAGCUAUGGCUUUGUCCAUAGCAACCACCAUAGCGAUCCGGUACAGUUGUGUUCGCCGGCAGUCAGAGAUGAAGCCUGGCCACCCUGAGCCCCAGGUGUUGGACUAUGUGACCCAGCAGUACAAGUUGUUCCCCUACCUGGCUGCUGCCUACGCCUUCUGGCUCACAGGACAAACCAUGAUGUCUGUUUACAUGACAUCUUCCAGCCGGAUUUCUAAGGGGGACAUCAGUGUCCUACCUGAGCUCCAUGCCCUUUCCGCCGGUCUGAAGGCUCUGUCAUCGUGGGUGGCCAAUGUGGGAAUGGAGGAGUGUCGUCUGGCGUGUGGAGGACACGGGUACUCUCACGCCAGCGGGCUGCCCCGUCUGUACGCUAACUUGACUCCUGGGGCAACUUACGAGGGAGAGAACACCGUCAUGAUGCUUCAAACAGCGAGGUACCUGAUGAAGAGUUAUAACCAGUCCCUGCAGGGUGAGAAGCUGGCUGGUUCGGUGGCGUACCUGUCCGGUGUACAGCCGGUUCCUGCAGCCGGUAGAACCAGGAACAUGCUGGAUCUGGGGGCUCUAUGUGAUGCCUUCAGACACAGGGCUGCAAGGCUGGUCCAUGAGGCCGCCAUGCAGCUGAGAAAUGAAAGGCAGGCAGGGAAGGACCAACCGGAUGCCUGGAAUGCUGCAUCUGUGGACCUCGUCAAGGCAGCAAUGGCCCACAGUCAGUACUUUGUGGUGAAGAACUUUGCGGAGCGGCUGACAGACUCCAGACUGGACAGCUCCAUCUCUGCUGUCCUGACCAGGCUGUGUCAGCUGCACGCUCUACAUGGACUGGUCACAAACAGCGGAGACUUUCUGGAGGAUGGCUACUUGACCGGCUCGGACAUCCGCCAAGCCAGACGUCACAUCAAUGCCCUCAUGGCCAAGCUCCGUCCUGACGCCGUGGCUCUUGUCGACGCCUUCGACUUCCCAGACGGGAUCCUGAACUCCAUACUGGGGCGCUACGAUGGGAACGUCUACCAACAUCUGUUGGAGUGGGCCAAGGCUUCUCCUCUCAACAAGAAUGAUCUAGCAGCCCGAGGUUCCAACUAUGAAGGUCUGAUGAAGAGGCACAAGAUCCACACCAAGAACCUGGAGUCUGUCACUGAGGCACUAAGAAGCCAUGGUGUGGAGGUGAAGGUUAUACAGAAACACGAGUACACGCCGGAGAAGGUCAACUGGGCUGAUGUCAUCAUGUCUGCUGGAGGUGAUGGUACGUUCCUGAUGGCUGCCAGUCACAUCCUGACCUAGUCCAUGGGCCAGACCCCCAAAUUUUACAUAUCAGUACCACCUGAGGGGGCAAAUUUUCCUUAUGAUUUUUAAGUAGUAGGGUAUCUGAGGGAUAUAUUUUGAUAUGAUAGCCAUCGCAGAGUGGUAGCUUUGACCCGGCUAUCUGCCCUUGACCUUAUGACCCCGAUCUGGACCACGCCUUUUGAUAUGAUUAUACAAAUGGGUGUGUAAAUCAAUUAAACAAUAAUAUUUUCAAAUGAAACUUGCUGGGCUGAUACAGAAUGAAUCAAGGAUUACAGAAAACUUAAUUUCAUUUCAAUAUCUGGAUCCUAUGAACAGUUAUGAGUCUUUGAAUGAUUAUUUUUGAGCAAAUUUUGGAGGAAAAAUGUUAAUUUCUACUUUUCAAAGGCUGACAUUUAUUCCGAACUCACAUUUGACCUUUUUUCAUGCUUUUAUCUGCUUUGUUGUAUCAUUCCCUGCAUUUUAAAGUUUAAAUCAUGAAAAUCCACCAUUUCUAUCUAGAGAUAUGAGUACCUAAAUAAAUACACACCUACAGGCAUUGUGUUGGGGAAACCGUUGCUAGGGCCGUUGCUAUGGAGGUGCUGGGCU